AUGAGCUGCACUUUUGCGCUGUCUCGGGCUGCGAUCAGACGCUUCCGGUCAUGUCUGGUGCACAUGGGGAAGAUCAGCUCGGAGCUGGCCAUCGAGGUGCUCCCGACGCAGCUCGUCCUGCGCGCCAUCAACGGAAGCAAGUCGGCUUACCUGGCCGUGAGGUUCGAGGAGGACCACUUCGACUACUGGGAGCUCGCUGGGACGGCGGUCAUCCAGACGGGCGUCCUCAUGAAGGCCAUCCUGACGCCCCUGCGCUCCGUCGGCAGCGCUAGCUCGGUUCGUUUCCGCAUCGACUCGACGUCCAGCUACCUCGAGGUCGACGUGACCUGCGAAUCGGGCCUCCUCAAGACGUACCAUAUUUCCUACGCCGACGUCCAGGUCCUCGAGGCCACGGUCGACGGCUCCACGCUCGUCACGGCCGUCACGGCCCACUCCCCAAAGCUCAACAACCUCCUCGCGAGCUUCCAGGCGUCCGUCAACGAAAUCACCGUCGCCGCCUACCCGAAAAAUCACCCGCACGCCGCCGACGGCCGCGAAGUCACCAUCCAGUCCUACAGCGACCCGGCGCAGCAGGGCGCCUUCACCCACGUCGACAUCGACCCCGCGCUCUUCGCGGCCUUCGAGCACCGCUCCCCGCGCGCCUCGGACGUCACCUUCUCCGUCCACGAGCUGCGCGCCAUGGUCGCCCUCUGCGAGCUCCUCAGGGCGCGGGUUUGCAUCAAAUUCAGUCGCCACGGCGCGCCAGUCGUCGUUGAGCCCGACCCGGAGCCCGCGAACGAAACGGGACACGUGCGAAUGGACGUGACGGCGCAACUGGUGCUGGCCUCGCUGCCGGACUCGACACUGCCCCCGGAGGAGCAGCGACACUCCCCCCCGCCCGCGGAGCGCGCUCCCAGCGCCGCGCCCGCGCGCUCGCCGUCCGCGCGGCCCGCGCGCGGACCGCCCAGCGCGCCGACGGCGUCCCAGCGCCAGCAGCUGUCCCAGGCACACUCCCCCCCGGUUGCAGCGGCAGGGGGGGUGCGCAGCCCCGCCCCGACACCCCCCUCCGCGUCGAAACGCAGCCGCAUCCAGCGCAUGCUCGACUCGGACUCCUCGGGCGGCGAACCGACGCCCCCCGCGCCCGACGCGUUCCGUGGCUCCGGCACCGGCGCCGGCCCCGUUGGGUCUGUCCAGGGCGCGUACACUCCCCCCGGGGACAACGGAAGCCGCCAACCGCCCCCGCACGCGGCGCGCCGGCCACCCCCGCUCUGGGACGACGGAGAGAGCGCGCCCGGCGGUCUCGACGGCCCGGGGGGGAGUCAGGACGAGGAGGUACUGGCUUCUACCCCAACAGAGCAGAGACCCCCGUCAGGGUUCCCCGGAACGCGCCCCACGCAGUUCUCGUGA